GGGCUUCUCAUUAAACACGAGGUGCAUUGUGGGGACGCUGCUCUCAACAGGGAGAGAGACAGAGAGAGAAAAGCGCAAAAAACUUUCCCUUUGAUGAGUCCAUCAAUUAGCAUCACAAGCGGCGUUCACGUGUCCUGCCACCGUAAAAUCUCACAUUUGCAAAUAAUGACAAGCCCAAGCACAAAAAGGAACACGGAGGGAAAGAAAGGGGGCACAUUUUAACCAGAUGCCCGGCAAUAAAUAACCCGGCACUGUCCUCUCCCCUCCUCCUCCAGCUGAGAGCGCACAUUUACAUUUUGAAGUGCCCACACGGGGGUCCACACGGGGCCGGAGCGUGUCUGCGCGCAAAGGCAGCGAUUGUUCCCGCAAGACGCAUCGCCUCGUUUGGGUAACUUUUUUUUUUUUUUUUUUUUUUUUUGAAUGAAAUGUAAAUUUGCAAGCGUGUGCAAGAGGCUGAGUAUAUAAACCCCCGAGGAGCGCAUGCAGGCACCGACACAGCCGCCUGCCAGGAGAGCUGAGAUGCAGCCACACGCAGCCAAACGAGCGCUCGGCCACAGGACGCCUUUCUCUGUGGAGGAUAUUCUGGAUCCAAGAAAGUUUACAGGGAGGAUAAUCUGUGCUGAGGAGACAACAGGAGCGUCUUCUCCAAGAUAUCGACCAAAGGCGCAGCAGCAUCCUCCGGCAGGUGGAGGCUGCAGCCCGGAGGAGGAGGAGGAGGAGGAGGAAGAAGAGGAGGAAGAGGCUCCGUGUAAGAAACCUCAGAGGUCGAAGGCUAAAAGCCGGCGGAUCCGCACCGCUUUCACCCUGGAGCAGCUGCAGAUCCUGGAGCGCAGCUUCCACAGGUGCCACUACCUGUCGGUGCUGGAGCGCCACAGCAUCGCCUCCGCCCUGCGCCUGUCCGAGACUCAGGUGAAGAUCUGGUUCCAGAACAGGCGCACCAAGUGGAAGAAGGAGCGGCUGCAGGGGCCGGAGGCAGAGGAGGAUCUCCACCCGGGCUUCCCCUCAUCCUUCCCCCCACACCCCGCUGCCUGCCCCGCUCUGCCCUACAGGCCUCUGUGCUACCAGCAGCCGCUGCAGAUGUUUGCGCAUGCGCCGCCGCUGGUGCCCUAUCAUCACUAUUACAGAUGAUGUUUGAAUCUGACUGAGCUCAUGAUGCACCAACACGCCUCCAGAGGAAAAUCUGCAAAGAGUAUGGCACUAUUAUUAUUAUUCUAUCAUUAUUAUCACCCAGGAGAGCUGAAGUGCCAAACAGGACUGAGUGUAGAAAUAUUUUUAAUGUAA